GCCCCACUUCCGCCCCUGCAGGAAGCCCCGUUCGUGCCUUGGCCCCUCCCCCCUCCCUUGCGCUCCCUUUCCGGCCGCGGCUCAGCUGCUCGCCGCCAUGCCCCUCGCCAAGGACCUGCUGCAUCCGGCGCCCGAGGAGGAGAAGAGGAGACACAAGAAGAAGAGACUCGUGCAGAGCCCGAACUCCUACUUCAUGGACGUCAAGUGUCCCGGCUGCUACAAGAUCACCACCGUGUUCAGCCAUGCCCAGACCGUUGUGCUCUGCGUGGGCUGCUCCACAGUCCUGUGCCAGCCCACGGGGGGCAAAGCAAGGCUCACGGAAGGCUGUUCCUUCCGGAGGAAGCAGCACUAAGGGAUGGAUGCGGCUCCCGUGGGAUCGGCGCUGGGAUGAGGAACAUCCCAAUAAAUUUUGGAUAAAAUAGGGAUAAACGGC